AUGUUGUCCGACUUGACAUCAGAGCGGCCGGAGGAGUUCCAGGUCACCUUCGACAGCGAUGAUCCCGAGGAUCCCAAGAACUGGCCGACGUGGUACCGGGUUUGGGUCAUGGUGACGGUCUCGUUUUGCGCGUGGGUCGUCGUCCUCUACAGCACCAGCUACACCAGCGCGGUUCCCGGCCUGCGGGAAGAGUUCCAUGUCUCCAGAGUCGCAGGUACCAUGGGGAUGACCGCCUAUCUUCUCGGCCUCGCGGUGGGCAGCCUCAUCGCUCCGCCCCUGAGCGAGCUCUACGGCCGUCGGGUCGUCUAUCUAGGGUGCCUCUGCUGCUGGGCCGUGUUCGUCAUCCCAGGCGGGCUGGCCCAGUCCCUGGCCUCCAUCAUCGCCGUCCGGCUGAUCAGCGGCCUGUUCGGCGCCGCCCUGGUCUCAAACGGCCCCGGCACAAUCGUGGAUGUGUCAAAGCCCGAGCACCUCGCCAUGGGCAUGUCGCUGUACAGUCUCGGACCCUUCAACGGGCCAGUCCUGGGUCCCUUGAUCGGCGGCUUCGUGUACGAGGGCCUCGGGUGGCGGUGGACUAACUGGAUGGUAUUAGUACUGGGCGGCGUUUCCAUCCUCAUGAUGCUGACCGUCAAAGAGACGUACGCGCCAGAGAUUCUCAGGCGCAAGGCAGCCCGCCUGCGCAAUAAAUCGGGCAACCCGCAGUGGUGGUGUCGCUAUGACCAAAGGUGCUCAUCCAUGCGUCUGAUCCUGGUGAACCUGCGCCGCCCGUGCGUUCUGUUCUUUACGGAGCCGAUUGUCUGGUUCAUCAAUGUCUGGAACGCGCUCAUCUACGGGAUCUUGUACCUCUGCUUCGUCGCUUAUCCCGUCGUCUUUUCGCAUCAUCGAGGCUGGGGCCCCGGGCUCACGGGUAUGUCGUAUCUCGGCAUCGGCGUCGGCAUCGUGCUCGCCAUCGUGGCGGAGCCCCUGAUCCGCCGGCUCAUCAACUCGCGGGGCCGCGACCCCAAGACGGGGAAGCCACCUCCGGAGGCGGCUGCCCUGGUCAUGGCCAUCGGAUCCCUGCUCACGCCAAUCGGCCAGCUGGGGUUCUCCUGGACGUGCCUGCCCAAGACAAUCCACUGGGCGAUCCCAAUAUGUUUCGGAAUCCCCUUUGGCGCGGGCAACACGCUGAGCUUCAUCUACUCGUCCAACUACCUGGCGGGCGCGUACGGCAUCUACGCCGCCAGCGCGCUGGCCAGCAACGCCGUGAUCCGGAGCCUGUUCGGCGCGGGCCUGCCGCUCGCGGGAGCAAAGAUGUACCAGGCCAUGACGCCGCAGCUGGCCGGCACCUUGUGCGGCGUCCUCGAGGUCGCCAUGAUACCGAUCCCGUUUGUGUUCUGGAGGUACGGCCGACGGAUCCGCGACAAGAGCAAGACCAUCCGCCAGCUCCGCGAAGAGAGCGACAGCAACGACAGCAGCGCCAGCGACGAGUCCCGGCCGGAAUCACGCGACGACCGCGAGAAGUGA